AUGCCAAAACGACACGUCGCCGAGCAAAAGGUCAUCGGGCCAAACGGCAUAAAGCUCAAACAAAUCCAAUUCCGAUCCUACAUGCAUGAUAUCGCAGUCUACCACUUCCAAGCCUACUUCAUCUCCAUCGAAAACUUUCGCUCAUUGCUGAAUCGCCCGGAUCACGGGUAUGUCGAUACGCUACUAGGCUUAGAUCCACUGCACGACAAGCCACUUCCCGAAGGCGACGAGCCACCCGAGGGAUGUGUAGAGGUAGGCUAUAUGCCGAAUGCCUUUCAGCACGGCGGUUCAGCACUAGGAUUCCGUGUUGGGGAAAACAUUGUGGAGUGGAUGUGUUUCGAUCGCGCCAUCGACGACAUCAUCCUACAGAAGAUAGAUGUCGGCAACCAGGGACCCAAAGGCAAAGUGAUGCUAUUUGAUCAUGUGGCCGAUGUGCUUAGGGGGGUUCCGGAGCGUCGGGUUAGAGGUGCAAAUCUCGAGCAUAAGGGGUGGCAUGAUUCGUUGUGGAAGGCGGAACAUCGUCCUAAUAGAUUAAGCUUGACUUGGAAAAACUUUGGGACUGAGUUGCGGACGGAACACGCGUUGAGGCGUAGAGUAUAUACGCCGUUGGCGCAAGGGACGUCGGAGUUGCAUGUCGAUGACGAAGGGCAUGAAGAUCAAGACAUGGUCGAGAAGCCCACGCGAUUGGUUUACGAAAACGAGCAGAUGAUCGAUACGCCUUCGAGGAAGCCGUCUAAUCCACCACAUAGUCGAUCUUCGUCAGGCUCGACAGUGCUGGGUAAGAAGGACACAAACACAGUGCGAAUAGGGCUGUCGCAGACAUCGCAGAAAGUUCAGGGGAAGCGAUUACUGGACGGUGAUUACCAGUAG